AACCCAUUUGAAGUGGGUAGUCUGAAAUCAAACAGUUUUGGUUACGAAACUCAGAGUUUACUCGUCCAGGAGACCUUCCCCGACUCGGUAACAGUCUGAGGUCCCCAGACGGAAAAAGAAAAAUGUUAACGUAUUAUAGCCAGGCUCUCAAAUUCUCCUGAUUGUGCUGCUUUCCACUUGCUGCUGUUGCACUUUUGAUUUUCAUGUUUGGGAGAAAAUCCAGGUUUUGAUUCCCAUCAUGGCCAUCACUCAGUUUCGGUUAUUUAAAGUUUGUACCUGCCUGGCAACAGUGUUCUCAUUUCUGAAGAGGUUAAUAUGCAGGUCUGGCAGAGGAAGGAAGUUAAGUGGAGAUCAAAUUACAUUGCCAACUACUGUCGAUUACUCAUCAGUUCCUAAGCAGACAGAUGUGGAGGAGUGGACGUCCUGGGAUGAAGAUGCUCCCACGAGCGUGAAGAUAGAAGGGGGCAAUGGAAAUGUGGCCGCGCAGCAGAACGCCUUAGAGCAGCUGGAACCUGACUACUUUAAGGACAUGACACCCACUAUAAGGAAGACUCAGAAAAUUGUUAUUAAGAAGAGAGAGCCAUUAAAUUUUGGCAUUCCAGAUGGUAGCACAGGUUUCUCCAGUAGAUUAGCAGCUACACAAGAUAUGCCUUUUAUUCAUCAAUCGUCUGAGUUGGGUGACUUGGAUACCUGGCAAGAAAAUACCAACGCUUGGGAAGAAGAGGAAGACGCGGCCUGGCAGGCAGAAGAAGUCCUGAGGCAACAGAAAAUAGCAGACAGAGAAAAGAGAGCAGCAGAACAACAAAGGAAGAAAAUGGAAAAGGAAGCACAGAGGCUAAUGAAGAAGGAACAAAACAAAAUCGGUGUAAAACUUUCAUAACAAAUGUGCUUCCAAUGUCAUAGUGCCAGUAGGAGAAAUCUGAGCUCCACAAUCCACGUAACAUUAUAUGGAUGUAAGAGUUUUUUCAGGAUACAAACACCCUGCUUGAUUUUAAUGCAUUUAUCAGGCCAUCCAGGACACAAGGAUUCUCCCACACCUUGAACUGUUAGCGACUGAGACUCAAAGGAACAAAAAAGACGUAUGAGGCAUUGUUUUCCUCAACAUGCUCCAAAUAUCAGACAAUGUUUGCGGUCAAGAAAUUAUUACAAAUGGAAUAUACUGGUACCUCUUAAGCUAGUAUUUCUAGCUAAAUAAAUGUGUAUAAUUUUAUGGUGAAAAAGGACUCUGCUACCAUCCUUUCCUUCAGUGUGCAUAAUUAUAAAAUAAAUAAUUUUAAUAUCCUUCUGUUUUCAUGUCACCUGAUCUAAAGUAGGUAAAUUGUAGGUAGGGCUUUUACUUCCUUAUUUUUGUUGUCAGAGGCUGGUGUUAGCAUACAUUUUCUCUAAUCUGAAUUGGCUUUGUUUGUUUGAAACGUUAAAGAAUUUGAUUUUGGUUUUCAAGAAAAUGACAUGAAAUGCAAUAAUAUUUAUUAUAAAUAUUUUUUACAUCAUUUUUUUUGAAUGGUUGCAUUGAUAUACAUGUUUGUAACUUAUUAGCAUGUCUAAACAUUGAAAUUCAGCUAAAAUGACAAAUUUAUUUUACAUUAUUAUAACUUGUGAGUUUUAAGAACUAAUAGGGGUAGGUUUUCCUUUUCAGUAUAGAUUUUAAUAUGUUAUGUUACCCUUGAAGUACCUUAGAUCUUCCUCGCCCUCAAAAGCCAUUAACUUGCAAAUACACAAAGCCUUCAGUUCUGAUAAUUUAAGCUUUCAAAUGAUUUCUAUAUCGGUUUUAAGUAUCCGACAUAAUGGAGAUUACCUGUGUUGUUGGCUAAGGUAACAUUAUUGAUUCAUUGAAUUAUAAAGAAAGAAAGGAAUAACCAUCUGUUACUCACUGUGUGGAUUGGCUUGCCUUAAAGAAAUAUUUGAAUACUGUGUUCAUGUUGCCGGGUUGGGGGGGAAUGAUAAAAAACAGAUUUGAUAAUUUAAAAUCCCAUUAAUUUUUCUCUACAAAUUACAUUAAGCCUGAUUUCCUGCAGUUUCAGAACUUUCAAAGAUUUUUGACUUUAUUAAAAGUUACUGUGUUUAAAAAAAAA